UCUCGUUACGGCGAUUAAAAACCCAAAUUACACGUAAAGUACGCUGGCGAGGGUUUAAAAAUAUAUUCGAUUUAACGCCAAUUCCGAGCCCACCACCACGUGGUGUGUUCAACAGCAAGACGCGUCGUUGGGCGUGGUCUGCGGGAGAGUACACAGAGGCAGAGGAGCCACGGCCGGGAACGCAGCGCAGACAUGUCGGAGAGCGGGAGUCAGGAAGCACCGGCGGCGGCCCCGAACGGCGGCGGCGGCGCAGCAGCGACGGGGAAACGCGGACCGAGACCGGCCGUCGGCAAUCAAGUGACCGUGGUGUUGGGCGCCCAGUGGGGCGACGAGGGCAAAGGGAAAGUCGUGGACCUCCUGGCGCAGGACGCGGACAUGGUCUGCAGAUGUCAGGGCGGUAAUAACGCAGGACACACAGUUGUGGUCGACUCAGUGGAGUACGACUUCCACCUCCUCCCAAGUGGUAUCAUCAACCCCAAGGUCACCGCCUUUAUUGGUAAUGGGGUGGUGAUCCAUCUCCCUGGCCUGUUUGAAGAGGCGGAGAAGAAUCAACGCAAAGGAAAAGGGUUAAAGGACUGGGACAAAAGAUUGAUCAUCUCAGACAGAGCGCAUAUUGUGUUUGACUUCCACCAAGCGGUUGAUGGCGUGCAGGAGCAGCAGAGACAGGAGCAAGCAGGCAAGAAUUUGGGAACAACAAAGAAGGGCAUUGGUCCAGUGUACUCAGCCAAAGCAGCACGCAGUGGCCUCAGGAUAUGUGACCUGCUCUCUGACUUCACCCAGUUCUCUGAAAGGUACAAGGUGCUUGCCCAGCAGUACAAAGACAUGUACCCCACUUUGGAGAUUGAUAUAGAGGGAGAACUAGUCAAACUAAAGGACUAUGUGGAGAGGAUCAAGCCCAUGGUGAGGGAUGGAGUGCACUACAUGUACGAGGCUCUUCAUGGCCCCCCAAAGAAAAUCCUGGUUGAAGGUGCCAACGCAGCACUGCUGGACAUAGACUUUGGUACGUACCCAUUCGUGACAUCAUCCAACUGUACUGUGGGUGGAGUCUGCACAGGGCUGGGCAUGCCUCCCCAGAAUGUCGGAGAGGUGUACGGCGUUGUCAAGGCCUAUACCACCCGGGUGGGCAUUGGGGCCUUCCCUUCAGAACAGAACAACGAGAUCGGAGAGCUGCUACAAACCAGGGGGAAGGAAGUAGGCGUAACCACAGGGAGAAAGAGGCGAUGUGGUUGGCUGGAUCUGGUGCUCAUCAAAUACGCCCACAUGAUUAAUGGCUUCACCGCCCUAGCACUUACCAAACUGGACAUCCUCGAUGUGUUCUCAGAGAUCAAAGUAGGCGUGGCAUACAAAGUGGAUAACCAAACAAUACCUCACUUUCCAGCCAACCAGGAGGUGUUGCAGCGCAUCGAGGUCCAGUAUGAGACACUGCCUGGCUGGAACAGCGAUACCUCAGCUGCCAGAAGCUUUGCGGAGCUGCCCGAAAAUGCCCAAAAAUAUGUCCGUUACAUUGAGGAGCACGUGGGAGUUCCAGUCAAAUGGAUCGGAGUUGGGAAGUCUCGGGAAUCCAUGAUCCAGCUGUUUUAGAUGGAGGAGGGAGCACAGAGGACACACAGCAACAAAUCAACUGUAUCCUAUUUACACACUCUCCACAACCAGUACCUUCGUUUCUCAGCUCUCUACGUUUCAUCUUCCAUUAAUAUAUCGCCCUCUCGGACCACCAUGCCCCUGCAUAUUGAACCCUGCCCCGUCGGACUCCUUCAGACCGAGAAACAGUUACAAGUGGCCUCUCAACGCCAUCCCAAAUGGACUGCAAGCAGUCACGAAUCACAAACUAACAGCACCACAGACUGUCGCGUGCAUACCCCCGGCCUGUCGCCUUUCACCUUUGUUUCCGUCGUGUGCGAAUCAUAACUGUUGAAUGCAGAUGCGCUCUGCAGGAAGUCCUCAACAACAGCGAGCGCCGUGUUAUCUGAGCAAGGACUCAAUUGAAGGAAGACACACACAUACACACACAACACACACGCACACAUCACGUCAUGUGGGCGCGUGUGCAGGAUUACUGUCCCAGAAGAGCUGUCCUGGGAACCCCGGCUUUGUUGAACCGCCACUCGCGAGCAUAACUGAUGUGUUGAAAAACCAAACACAUUGUGCCAGUUUAUUGUAAUUCACUUUUAAUUGUUGAUCUUGGAAUUUUAGAUGCUUUGAAACAAGUUUUUGUCCUUAUGUAAAAGUUACCAAGAUCCCUUGACAUUUUUUUUUUUUUUUUUUUUGUAAUUUGUCAGUUUGGGUUUGUCAUGUUGUGCAUUAAAAGUGGAUGUACUUUUGCUCGGAGGUGAGUUGUUAGAAUUCCCUCGAGCUAGCAGCACUUUCCCCCCAUUUAAGAAAUGCUUUUUAACGUGAGCAAAUCUGCCACAGGGUUUGAACUGAGAGACUUGCCUUUUUUAUGUUGUGAUAAAUGACUGGCAGAGGCGAUGUUGGGCUGAAAUGUACCCGCUAAUGUUCAGGUCGGUGUCUCGCCAGGUGUUCGGAUAAAUCAUAGCUGCGUUUCUCAUUAACCAAUACAAAUGGUCUGAUGAAGUGAUCACUUGUGGUAACUGCCUCGAGAGCCUACAUAGGUUUGGAUGUAUGUUGUCGAGCGGAAACCUCCCGUCGCACACUUUUCGCUGAACGAAAAACCCCCGUAGAAGAAAACAUUUGCGGGGACGUCCGGGUAGCGUAGCGGUCUGUUCCGUUGCCUACCAACAUGGGGGGUCUCCGUGUUACCUCCGUCCCUACAGACACAAUUGGCCGUGUCUGCGGGUGGGAAGCCGGAUGUGGGUAUCUGUCCUGAUCGCUGCUCUAGCGCCUCCUCUGGUCAGUCAGGGCACCUGUUCGGGGGGGGGGACUUGGGGGAAUAGCGUGAUCCUCCCACAUGCUACGCCCCCCUGGCGAAACUCCUCACUGUCAGGUGAAACCAGCGGCUGGCAACUCCACAUGUAUCGGUGGAGGCAUGUGGUAGUCUGCGGCCCUCCCCGGAUCGACAGCGGGGGUGGAGCAGCAAUCGGGACCUCCGAGACCGCUCUGCGUGGGUGAUUGACCAGGUACAUUUGGGGACAAAAAUGGGGGGUAAAAAAUCUCCCAAAAAAGAAGAAAACAUUUGCACUAGGUUUCCACCAUCAGUGGAACAGAGAUGGGGGUUUUCAAACCAUGUAUUUGCUCCACUUAAUGCGCUACACCAGCAGAUUCUAGUCAACACCACUCCUCAAGGAGGUAGGGAAAACUAGCUAAUGAAAUCAGCUGGUUUAGUAACGUGGUUGGAGCAAAUACACAGUUUGGACAUUUACUUUCUGGACCUGGUUUUUACACCUCAGGGUAGUAGAAGGUCUUGGCUUCAUUAUAAGAGGGGCAAAAAAAGGCUUCGAUGUCCCGUUUUGAGGCCAUCGCUUUGGUAGGACUCGGGUGUUUUCAGUUCAGGCAGUCGAGUCACCGUCGCAGUACACGUGGGCCGUUCUCAAGGCCGCAUGCCAUCGAGCCGUGUAGCCCACUUCCAUGUCGGACCUUGUCCCCUUUCUUCCAUAGACCUCUAUGUUCUUCCAACACACAGAGCUACAGAAAUAACUUUUCAACAGUUUUACACAAGAAAUAACACUGGAUGAGCUGGUAGAAAGUAAGCAGGAUGGUACGAGAGCUGUGACGGCCCUCCGCCAUGAAGGAGUGACUGGAGUCGGUCUUUGUUACGAUAAGGCGGCUGAUUGUAUUAUUGUAUUACUAUAAUUUUUUUGAUAUUCCUCAGUCACAUAACAGUCAGUGCCACAACAUACUGUAGAUCUUUGAGAAAGGGGAGGUUGCCAUCUUUGUGACAAACCACGUCGAUGGCGCACGCUUUCCUGAAUGCAUACCCGCCAUUCCUCCUCUCUGUCCGCAGAGGCAGACUCGCCGGUGCAACACCACCCGGUGGAGUUGGUCUUCUAGGGGCUGUUUUAUAUUGCCAUUCCUCACCGUGUUUGCUUAAGUUCAAAGUUUAACGUGUGCUUUGCUGUAAUUGACAGGCAGGCGGCAUGGUGCUUAGCGCGGUCGCCUCACAGCAAGAAGGUCCCGGGUUCGAGCCCCGGGGUAGUCCAGCCUUGGGUGGGGUCGUCCCGGGUCGUCCUCUGUGUGGAGUUUGCAUGUUCUCCCCGUGUCUGCGUGGGUGUCCUCCGGGCGCUCCGGUUUCCUCCCGCAGUCCAAAGACAUGUAGGUCAGGUGAAUCGGCCGUACUAAAUUGUCCCUGUGAUGGACUGGCGGCCCGUCCAGGGUGUCUCCCCACCUGCCGCCCAGUGACUGCUGGGAUAGGCUCCAGCAUCCCCGCCACCCUGAGUAAGGAUAAGCAGUUCUGAUAACGGGUGGAUGUAAAUUGACAGUGCUGAUAGGUUAUGUGAGUGUAUUUGACACGGUGAGCAGCGACUGAGGAAGCCCAUCUCCUACGUGUGAAAUCCCGGACCCAGCAGCCGGUCUUCUAGAAAUCUCCACUCAGAGACUUAGUCCUUGUCGAAGAAAGCAGUCCUCCAACUCGCAGUGACAACUGCAGCACUAUUUUGCUCUUGAGGACGAUCUAGUUUUCAUGUCUGUUCCUGGUUAAUAUUACAGGUACGAGUCAAUCUCAAGCCCCCUGUUACAGUGCCUGGUGGACAGAACUGGUAGUGCAAUUCAUGUAUUUCGUGAUACUUAUACAUACCUCAUGAUGAUUAUUUAAAGAUUUGUCUCGUACCGUGGACGCAGGAGUGCUUUGUUGUGGUCUGAAUCUGUUCUCAUUCAAACUGAUGUUGAAUAUUGGGAAUUCUUGAGCCACGCUGGAGUGACAGAAAGUUCAAUGUUUUUGCAGAAGUAUAUCCAUUUCAGAAGGAAGUUGUGCCUGAAAUUCGUCAAAAUUUUGUUUCAAGGUUAACCGAAUCCUAAACAGCCCAUAACUGCUAAUGCAUUUGUUUGUAAUGGUAAACGUUGCUUUUGAUUUUUUUUUUUUUGCCCAUAAGGUGGAUGUCUAACAAUGUAUUGAACCUCUCUCUGCUCAAGAUAAGAGAUAUCAAAUGGUAUCUAAUUUAUGAUAUUUGUUUGGUAGCUGACGCAUACCUUAUACAUGGAGUUUAAGGUGUUGUGUGGCCAAUUAAAAAACAAAAAACAAAAAAGGCGCUAGAUAUGAAUUAAAAGGGAUUUUAAAAGUGUUACCUUCCCAUGAUGCUUUCCUUUUCUUGUGAUAGCAGAUUGUCACCCGAAACCCCUUGUGACGUCUGCCAGUUGCAGAAUCGAUUCUGUAGGAUCAGGAGCACAUGGUGCGAUGGCAGGCGGGUCGCUCUCAUUAAACCCUUUCACCUUUAACAUUACGCAGCAUUAAGCUCUACGCUCAGCCCACACACCCUCAUAAGGCCGCUCCCUCCUGACGAGAGACUGGAUUCACAAACAUCAAGGCAGGGCGACCGGGUGGCGUGGCGGUCCAUUCCGUUGCCUACCAACACGGGGAUCACCGGUUCAAAUCCCCGCGUUACCUCCGGCUUGGUCGGGCGUCCCUACAGACACAAUUGGCCAUGUCUGCGGUUGGGAAGCCGGAUGUGAGUAUGUGUCCUGGUCGCUGCACUAGCUCCUCCUCUGGUGGGUCGGGGCUCCUGUUCGGGGGGGGGGGUAGUGUGAUCCUCCUCACUGUCAGGUGAGAAGCAGCGGCUGGUGACUCCUCCACAUGUAUCGGAGGAGGCAUGUGGUAGUCUGCAGCCCUCCCCGGAUCGGCGGAGGGGAGGGGGGGGGCAGCGACCGGGACGGGCUCGGAAGAGUGGGGUUAAUUGGCUGGAUACAAUCGGGGAGAAAAAGGGGGGAACCCCCCUCCCCCCCAAAAAAGAAACGUCAAGGCAACCAGAAAUGUGUUAGCAUCCUUCUUUUUUCUCCUUUCCUUUCCCUCCUGCAGUCUUGUCUCCUCACUGUUUUUUCCUCCUCCUCUGUGAGCUCCUCCCUCCUCCUGCUCUCUGUGUCUUCAGGGCAGAUGUUGCCUUUGCAGUUAGUUAAGACUAAUGAAUGUGUUCAGAUGACCUUUAUGUGUUAUAAAUGACCUUUACACACACACACACACACUUGCAUAUAUGCACACUUCAGCUGACUAAACUCUGGGUUGUUUUACUCUCUGUGAAGGAUGUGUUUCUAUCAGUCAUGAUACCGACACAUUAAAAGUGUGUUUCCUGUGUGUGUGUCCGAUCCCUUUACCAGUCAACUCCAACCAAAAUGGGGUACGGUACAGUUGUGUGCAAAGAACCUUUAAAUGUGUGUGUGUGUGUGUGUGUGUGUGUGUGUGUGUGUGUGUGUGUGUGUGUGUGUGUGUGUUUUUAAUGCUAUUGCAACAACUGUUGUUAAUGUGCGACUGGAAGAGUACAAAGCCUCUCCAGCCAGGAGAGCUGUGUUUCGGCUGCACACGUGUAGUGUAGUGUAGUGAUGCCUGGAAGGAAGCGGAGGUAUAAAUAGCUUUAUUAGUUCACUUGGUCAGAUUAGUAACAUGUGGCCUGCAAACCAGGUUUGAGUCUGUUCGACAUUAUGUGCGUUGGUGCCAAAGAGCAGCGUUUCCUCGCUGCGUCUUCUCAGCUGCAUGACCUCUGUGUGGUCUCCUUGAGUUAAAUUACAUGCUCCCCCGUCUUCCGGAUAGGCUGCAUUUAUUUUAACUGGUGCUGCAUCUGAGAAGGUUCGGACUACCUGCAGAACGGUAAUCAAAACCGCCAGCCUGUCAGUUCUUGACAUAAAACCCGAGUAGUUGCCAUGUUUGUGCAAGUAAACUGGUUCAUUUUAUCGCCAUGAAACAAAGGGGUGCUCUGGUUGAGUUUGAAAUGCUCCCCUAAAAUAAAGGAGCCCUUAUUUGGGGGGGGGGCACUUUACGGGCUCUGCCGGAAUAAGAGGCCGUAUGAGAGUUACGAGGUGGGUUGUGUGUGUAUCAUCCAGACAAACGGAGUGCAUUAUCGGACCGGACUACUUGUAUCUCGGAUCACCGGGCAGACGGUGCGCGGCCUUAUCGGUAAGGAGGCGGGAGGUGGAGCAGUUUGUGGAAGAACCAACUGGCUCGGAGGCGACUGGGUAACGCAGUCUUUAAGGAUGGAGCGCUCACAAUCAUCACAAUCUCAUUAAUUGUGUUAUUGCUGAUCGUGGUAGUGAAUGCUUAUUUGCACAAAUGUGUCAGUGCUCCUCCUCCUCUGGAUGUUGUGGUACUCCGAUACACAGACGAACAGUGGGUGCUGCUAUUUCAGGCCUGUACAUGUGUGUAGACUCGAAUCGGUACCAUUUUGCUCUAAUUGUAGACUUAGUCACUAGUGGUGUUAUGUAUGCUUAGAUAUUGAGACGCGUGUGUGUGUGUGUGUGUGUCCAUGAUAAUUCAAAAUUGCUCGUUACAGUACUGUUCUUGCUCUUUGUAAUUAUGAGUGAGUAAUUUUAAUAUCAAUCUGAGCAAUAUCCACGCUGGAACAAGAUUGCAACCAGUCAAAAUAAACAAUGGGAAGUUUGAUGGUGUUGCCCUUAUUUGAGAUUUUCUUUCUUCUACAUUUAGCCAAAUG